AUUAAGUAUGCGGAAAACAUUGUCUCUUUGAUUCACUGUCUGGUGUACAAGACGAUUUAUCACAACGCACAACACAGCAAAAUGGCCGCUCAUACCGGUGUUUUCCCUCCUCAGUCUGCAUCUGUCGGUCUGUACAGUCCCAAAUCCGUGCUGACUUUCGGUAUUCUCCAAGUUGGUUUUGGAAUCGCAUUAAUUAUUACCGAUAUCGUCAAUUUCAGCAUCCACUGGGGCAGCGACGCGCUAUCCUUCAGCGCCGCUGGUUCGGGAUUCUAUACCGGAGCGUUUUUCAUCAUAACGGGAUCAUUCGGCAUUGCCGGCGCACGGCGUCUACCGCCGGGAACUUCACCACGUUCCCGUCUGUGUUUACUUAUCACCUCAAUGGUGUUAAGCAUACUAUCGACGCUCAUGGCUGGCGGUUUGAUAAUUGCUCUCGCUUCUCUUCUCGUCGACCAUCUGGGCUUUAUCAGUUCUGUUUACUGCUGGUAUGGUAGCAGCUAUUAUAAUGUGUACCAGUGUGCUUUCUACCUCAACCGCAUUCCAGCCAUGAUGGGUACCCAUCUGGCAUUCCAAGGUCUGAUGUGGAUUUUCUGUUUGGGUCAGUCGAUUUCCGCGGGGAUCAAUAUAUGUAAAAUGCCUAAGAAGACCACCAACACACAAGUCGUGUAUGUGCAGCCUGGGUAUGGUUACCCCCAGGGGGCCCCUGGCCAGCCAAUCCACUUUGUGACGGCUCAACCAACGGGAAUGGGCGGCGCUCCUGUUCUGUCGGGAAAUCCAGCUCAAAUGCCGUCUCCCGUCAAGUCGUAAAAAGCGACGCUCUGUUGAGAAAGUUGCUUGUUUUGCCACGAUUUGCUGUUAUUGCUGGACGAACAGCUGAUAUCAUAAAUACGAGGUUUGCUUGGCCGUUACUUUUUUAUAAUGAGGGCGAGUCUCGGAGUCGACUUUUUGCUGUGUUGAUCAAUCCUGCGCUACCACCGGGUUUUGUGUUAUUGUACAUAAUACAUAUACUAUUAUUUUAUAAAACAACCUGACAUCUGGGAGUAUUAUAGGACUAGCGUAAAGAGUAUUUAUUGCUGUCGUAUCAGCACAAUUUGACCGAAUA